UGUCGCCCAGCUCCCUUCCGGCAGAAAGACCCAGGGACGAGAGUGUGAAGUCAGGCCUCACAGGGGCAGGAAGAAAGCCGUCCAAAGCCAGCUGGUCUGGCUUUGAGGAAAGCAAAAAGGAGAUAGAAAGCGAAAGAGAGAAAGGGAGAACGUGAGAGAGGAAGGCAGACAGAAAGAGAGAAAACUGAAAUAAUACAAGGGAAAUAAAGAAAGUAAGAGCAGCACACCUGAGAAAGAUACCUGAGGAAGGCCUUAGCAGCAGGUUCUGUGAAGCUAAUCGAUCAUCGCAAGAAACAGGGCAUUUUACCCGAGGAGGAGAAAGCACCAGGAAGCUCCAAGCAGCACUGAAAGCAAAGGAAGAAAGAACGUAAAUAAGACUUGGGCUGGAUAUUUUGGGUCCAGGACUGAGGAUUGUGCUGCUCCGUUUGUUAGGAUCGACGUGUGGACACCUGAAGAAAAAGACGCUGAAAGAAAGAGAGCGAGAGAGAACGACUUGAGAAGAAAGAGUGGAGUACAAUGUGCUAGGGGAGUGAAGGCAGACAAACUCGUGUUUUUCUGAUAUUCUCGGGGUGUCAGAGAGACCAAGCAGGACGCCAAGAUGGGACGGAAGAAGAUACAGAUCACACGGAUCAUGGAUGAGAGGAACCGGCAGGUUACCUUCACAAAACGGAAGUUUGGUUUGAUGAAGAAAGCUUACGAGCUCAGCGUAUUGUGUGACUGUGAGAUUGCCCUGAUCAUAUUCAACAGCUCGAACAAACUCUUUCAGUAUGCCAGCACUGACAUGGACAAAGUCCUACUUAAGUACACAGAAUACAACGAACCCCACGAGAGCAGAACCAACUCUGACAUUGUAGAGAAAUUAAGAAACAAAGGCCAUAAUGACUGUGCCAGUCCCGAUCCAGAUGACUGUUUCGGUCACAGUCCCCUCAUGGACGACCGUUUCGGCAAACUAAACGAAGAGAGUGAUUUAAUGUACAAGCGCUGUGGUGCGCUUAACAAGAAAGAACACAGAGGCUGUGAUAGCCCGGAUCCUGACGCCUCAUAUGUCCUCACCCCUCACACAGAAGAAAAAUAUAAAAAAAUUAAUGAAGAGUUUGAUAAUAUGAUGCGAAAUCAUAAAAUCCCGACGGCCUUGCCCCCGCAGAACUUCUCCAUGCAUGUGGCUGUGCCAGUGACGAACCCCAACGCCAUGUCCUACAACCCCGGGGCCUCCCUGAGCAGCCAGAGCCUGUCGGCCGCCGCCGCCGCUCUGAGUGACGGUGCCAUGCUGUCUCCUCCUCAGGGUUCCCUGCACAGAAACGUCGUGUCUGCCGGGCCCCCACAGAGGCCCCCCAGCACAGGCAGCACAGCAGGAAACGGCUUCGUUAACCCGAGGGGCUCGCCGGGGCUUCUGGGUACACCCAGCGGGAACGGGCUUGGUAAAGUCAUGCCUGCAAAGUCACCGCCGCCACCGGGGGGCAACAUGGGCAUCGGUAGCCGCAAGCCAGACUUGAGAGUCGUCAUCCCCCCAUCCAGCAAGGGCAUGAUGCCACCCCUGCAGUCGGAGGAGGAAGAGAUGGAGUUGAACACCCAGAGGAUAAGCAGUUCCCAGUCGACCCAGCCUCUGGCUACACCGGUGGUCUCCGUCACCACCCCGAGUCUGCCACCACAAGGCCUGGUCUACUCAGGCAUGCCCACUGCCUACAACUCUGAAUACUCCCUGAGCAGUGCUGAGCUCUCCUCUCUGCAAGGCUUUGGCUCUCCAGGGCUCUCUAUAGGCUCAGUGUCGGCAUGGCAACAGCAUCAACUGGGCCAGGCAGCUCUCAGCUCGCUGGUAGGUGGCGGUCACUUACCUCAGGGCUCAAAUCUCUCCAUCAACACCAGCCAGAAUAUCAACAUCAAAUCCGAGCCCAUUUCUCCUCCACGCGAGCGCAUCACCCCGUCCGGCUUCCCACCCCAGCAGCAGCAGCAGCCUUCCUCCGGCCGUCCCGACAUGGGCCGCUCGCCCGUCGACAGCCUCAGCUCCUCCUGCUCCUCCUACGACGGAAGCGACCGAGAGGAUCACCGGCCCGAUUUCCACUCCCCGCUCGGCCUGGGUCGACCCCCGGCCGCCGGGGGCGAGGAAAGGGAGAGCCCCACGGUCAAGCGCAUGCGCAUGGACACCUGGGUGACAUAAAGCUGUCCGGAGCCUGACAGCCAGUCAGUCACGCGCAGGGCUGGGCAGGGGGAAAGGGAGAGAGAGAAAGAGGAGUGACAGCAGGGAGGGUCAUUAUUGUUAUUAUUCUAUUGUUAUAAUUUAACGUCAUUUCACUUUUUUUGUAAGUAGGUGGACGGGGAAAGAAAUCGAAAAUGACAUAUCGAAAUUAAGCAGAUGAGUGGAGAGAGAGAGGGAAAAUCUCACGUCAAGCAGUCAGAAUGAACGGUGUACUCAAACAAACAGGUGUUAUCAGGUACUUGAUGCAAAUUGCAUUGUGCGAGAGUCCAAUGUAUGAAGAAAACAUUUUCGAUUUUUGUCGUCACUGGUGCAGUUUGACACUCGUAGCUGUUUCGCAGUUGAUUUCGCAAACAAUCAAAGAAAGUUUAGGGGCGGCUUUCUGUGCCUGCUGGGCUCAUGUAUUAAAACAAUCUGUAUCUGCACUCGCCCUUAUAUGAAGUAUGUCACUUAUUAAUUUAUUUAAAGGUAUUUGAUGAUAGAUUUGGAUCAGUUUUACGGGGGGAAGGCUUGUAUCUAAAAUGAGAUCACAUUUUACCUCAGUUAAGACAUUAAGUGAAAAAAAUGAAAAUGUCUCUAAUAAUAAUAAUGAUAAUCGUUGAUUAAAUUUUCAAUCCAAGAAACGGGAAGAAAAGGAGGUAGCCCAGUCGAUUUAGAGACGAUAGCAAGUCAUUGUACAUUCAUGCAGCUCCAACAACUCAAUGGUAACGCAAGCCAAAGCCUCUAUGUAAUUUUGUCGUACUGUAGGUUGGGAAUUUUCAGCAUUUCUCUCUCGAUGUUUGUUUCAUAUUAGUUCUGUCAUAGUGUGCGUUGUUACAAACAUUGGAAAACGAUUAACAUGCAAAGCAGAUCUUGAAACGAUAUCUAAAGCCAUGAACACUUGCUGUUCUGUUUGUAAAUUAAAGAUUUGAGCCAAACCUUUUUCUUUUUUUUGUUAUGUACAUAGCGACUUUAAUAUAUAUCACUUUUGGUGUAAGUACGUAUGUAUUGUACCUUCACCAGAUUCAAGAAAAAAGUAUAUUUUUGUGGAUUACUGCCAAGUUUACAAGGCGAGAUCCUUAUUAAGUAGAGUAUUCACUGGUUAAUAUUUACUAUUUUGUUAACUAUACUGUACUUUCUUCAAAUCUGACUAUUAUUGGUAAUAAUCAAAGUGUUUGUUUUUCUGUUUUGGGGUUUUUUUUCCAAGAAGGUCGUUUUUGGGUCGUUUACCCUUUAAUGGUGGUGAAUGUCUGUCCAGAAGAAAUUGUAACAACAGAGCUGUAUGAUUCAAGCUCAGCUGUCUUUAUUUUGUUUUGUAACGAUACUCGUCAUGCUAAGAAGAAGAUGAAAAAAAAACAAAACAAAUAUGGUUGCAUUUCUUACAACUGUUUUGUGAGGGAUUAGCCUGCAGCUGCUGAAUACACUGCCUACUUUAACCCAUCACGGCUUAGAUGCACUAUUCAUUGAUAUCCAAGACCCCCGUUACUAAAUUCAUUUCAACCAACUCCCUCGUAUAUUGUAAAUACCAUAACCCGAACACAUACAUGGCAUACUAUGUACAGAACACCUUUCGAGUUAUUUUGUGAAUUGGCUCAUCUACAGAUGACACCUUAAAGAGGCAUCAGUUCUGUAUUGCUGGACAAGAGGGGGCGCUGUAGCUCUCUCCGCCGUCUCUGCUCUGCGUUUCGCUCUCUGUGUGCAUAUCUCUUCACGCGUGGCUGUUUGUUUGUGCGGCAGUGGCCUCCGGCUUGCAUCACACCUCACUGCCUCAGGUGGCAAAGCGUCAGGGGAUUCAGCAGCUAAAGAUGGAAAUACUAGACAAUGCAAACUGACUUGGACAUGAUCUCUCUACUGGAUUGCACAAAAAAAGUUUGUAUGUUCAAGUUUGCCAUCGGACGCUUUCCUCUUUAGAUUUGUUGUGUAUUCGGUCGGUGUGCACAUACCUCCCUGCCCUCUUGAGCACCGCAGCAACUGGCAAUAAGCUGAUAUUAAUCUAUGCAGUCCCCAACCCACACAUAGAAACACAUUUACAUUAAAAGCGGAACUUUUAAAGAGAUAAUUCACCCAAAUAUGACAAUUCUGUCAUUUGGAUUACCCUCAAGUUGUUCCAAACCUCUAUGAAAGACAUGAAUGUGUGUAACCAAACAGUUGAGGGUCAUAGUAUAGUGUUUAUUUUGCAUACUACAAGGACCGUCAACUGUUCGCUUACCCACGUUCUUUAAAAUAUUGAAAGUUUAACAAAAGAACUCUGACAGUUUUUUCAUUUUUGGGCGAACUGUUUUUUUAAUAAUACUAAAAAAAUGUACAAAUUGAGAAAAAAAUUAAAUCAUGCAUAUUAUACUAUCACACGUCCAUUAAUUACACAAUGUUGCCUAGUUCAUGAAAAGUGCUCUUUACUGAGCAGGUGAGAAAACGACUGUUAACCCUUUGUCCUUAAGUGCUUGCGUAUUAGUUCGUUCACCCAAAAAUGAAAAUUCUGUCAUUGUUUACUCAGUCGUUCAUUUUUGGAGCACAAAAGACAAUGUUUUUACAAAACAACUGAGGUCAGUUGUCAUUCAUUCAAAACUGGUUUUAAACAAAACGACGAUUGAACUCUCAUUUUUAGGUGAACUAUCAUUUUAAGGCACACUGACUAAAUGUGACCCUGGACCACAAAACCAAUCUUAAGUAGCAGGGGUAUAUUUGUAGCAGUAGCUAACAAUACAUUUUAUGAGUCAAAAUGAUUGAUUUUUCUUUAGGAUAGUAAGUAAAGAUUAUGUUCCAUAAAGAUAUUUUGUACAUUUCCUACCGUAAAUAUAUCAAAACUUAAUUUUUGAUUAGUAAUAUGCAUAAUAUGUACGAUUUUCUCAAUAUUUAGAUUUUUUUGCAACCUCAGAUUCCAGAUUUUCAAAUAGUUGUAUCUUGGCCAAAUAUUGUCCUAUCAUGACAAACCAUGCAUCAAUGGAAAGCUUAUUGAUUCAGCUUCCAUGCGAUUGAAAUAGACCCUUAUGACUGGUUUUGUGAUCCAGGGUCACAAAUAUGAGAACCACAAGAGCCAUGCGAACACUUCUGUAGGUAUAGCUUUAGAUUUAAUCUCAGAUGUACAAGCUUUGUUGUCUCAGCUGAAUUGAAGCACCCGUUAGAAAGUUUUACGAUGUCUGUCAAAAUCAUUUAGAGUUGAUCGCAAUCAAAGCUUUUCAGGGUAGACAAGCAAUAAUGCCAGCCCAGUGUUACGAAAGCACUGUGGGUUCAAACCAUGCAGGAUUUUCCAACUGCAAUGAAUGCACACACAAACACUCAACAUUAGUGCUUGAUUAGGAAUCAGGGAGUUUCUCUGCUACAUGCACAAUUAGAGCCUUAUUCCAAAGAGUUGCUGGUGUUCGGAAUCAAAUAUGAUAUCACUCAUCGCAUUUUGACUUCAUCCAAACAAAAUCACCCUAGAAAUGCACGUGAGAGAUGCAUAAGAGAUCUAGAGAGGAGGCUGUUUCUUUGGUGUGGAGUGCUGUGUCACAAACUGUUGAAUGUGAAAGGAAGGGAUAAAGAGGAAACAACAAUUGUUUGUUGCGUACUUUCUUCACUUUGCUGUGCAAGAGUACACUGCUUUGCUUUAUGGCUUUUUCUAAAUCAGAAUUAUGUAUUUGGUAAUUGUUUGUAGUUACUAGUUCACUUCAAGAAGCUGUUUGCGGUUUGGACGCUCAAACCGUUUGGCGGCACAAGCUGGACUUUGUUGCCAUAACUGAAACAAGAUGUUUCAAAAAAGGAAAAAAAAGACAACAAAAAAAGAGUAAAACAUGAGAGAGAACUUUAAGUUAAUCUGCAUUAUAUUUCCCUUGAAUGUGUUGUUUUAUCUUCAUUAUACAAUAAAUAUUCUAGUGAACUUUU